AUGUUCAGUUUACUUUUUAGAACAGCUUGCCGAGGGGUCUUGAGUUCUGACCUGCCAAAAGUUAUUAUGGGUAAUCCUGCAUUGUUGGCAGGAAGCAUUGAAAAACAGUUUAUCCCAUGUUAUAAUUUUCUCAAGACAUUAGUGGAUUCUGAUGAAGAUAUUGUUCGGAUUUUAAAGCGCAGUCCUAGAAUUUUAUCUUGCAAUUUGAAAGUAAUGGAGCCCAAUGUAGAGCUAUUGGGUGAAGCAGGAAUACCAGAGAGCUCUAUCUCAUACAUGUUAAUUCACUACCCUCAUUCAGUGCAAAUGAAAUGUGAGAAGUUUAAGAGGAGUGUGGACAAAGCAAUUCAGAUGGGAUUUCACCCCUCGAGGAUGUUGUUUAUUCGGGCAGUUCAUGUGUUGUGUGAGAUUAGUGAGCAGGGGUGGGAGAAUAGAAUCAAGGUUUAUAGGAGUUUUGGCUUGUCAGAUUCUGAGAUUGUAUCAGCCUUCAGAUCGCACCCUCUGUGUAUGAAGUUGUCCGAGGAAAAAAUCACGAGGGGAAUGGAGUUUUAUGUAAACGAGAUGAGCUGGUCUCCUGCCAAAGUUGCUCGAUGCCCAGUUGCCCUCUUUUACAAUUUGGAGAGGAGGAUCAUCCCACGGUGUCGUGUGAUCAAGAUUUUGAUGGAGAAGGGUUUUGUCAAGGAACAUUCUACUUUAAUUUCCUUUUUGUCAAUCUCUGAUCCACAAUUCUUGACUAAGUUUGUGCUCAACUAUAAGAAUGAUUUGCCUGAAAUUAUGGAUGUCAUCACGCUUGACAGGUCUGGUAGAAUCAUAAUUGCAUUCGAUUCGAUAUCCCAUGACUUUUGCCGGAAGGCAUAUUUAAAUUGGAGUGGAGUGGCUGUCAUGGAGGCUGAGCUCAUAGGUUCAUCUCCUCACUCAAUUGGAGGUAAGGCUGAUAGCAUCAUGGUCAAAUGGGUUGACCUGAUGCCUGAGGUUGGCUUGUACUGUCAUGUGACCAUCUGUAGGCAUGAACAUCAACUAUUGGGCUGUCAUGCAGGUCUUGCUAACGUCUAUGGCUGUAACGAAAGCUUGUUCACAAUUUCGAUGGCAUCUGGUUUAAAACAAAAAAAAAGAAGCCACACAGAAUCCACUCCUAAUUGGGGGAGUUUUCUUACUGGUGGGGGUGGAGCCGUAGAGUGGGGCGGCAGCGGCCGGGAGCCAAGAUUUGGGGCUAGUGUCCGGAGGUUGAGGAAGUAA